AUCAUGCCGGAUGCAUUUUGAGUCCCCUGGGUACCCCUUCAGCAAAUUCCCACGGAUACUGGCGCUUAGAUAUGUGAUCUUGCUCAAGCCUGAUCCUCUCGACCACCCACCAUGCCUUUGAUUUGGCUCACUACCAACGUGAAACUGGAAUCGGACGAUGCCUUCAGGACAUUCGUCUGCGAAUUCAGGCGGUUUGCUGCUCAGACUAUCGGGAAGGACGAGAACGCCUUCAUUAUCGACUGCCAGUACAAUCCUUUCUUGACAUGCAGAGGAGGGUUUGAGCCCUCAGUCUUGGUUCAAGUUAUGAGCCUUUUCAAUACCAAUGCGGAGAAUUCCAUUAUAUGGUCGAAGGCCUUCUCGGAUUUCUUCGAAGAAAAACUAGGGGUUCCUCCCGAUCGGGCAGUUAUGGCUUUCCUGGACGCUGGCCCUGAUUUUAUUGGCAUGAAGGGAACCACAGCAUCGGUGAUACGCGCCAACGCAGCGAAGCAGACUUGAGAGCGCGUGCAAGCUGAAAUUGAUCGUAAACACAAAUGCCAAAUGUCAUCGGUGGAAUACAUAUAUAGCGUUCGAAUGUCCGG